AUGUAUGCGUCAGGAAUCCCCUUGGGGUUAUUAACAGACGCUCGAGGACCACGGCUUACGACAAUCUUGGGAGCCAUCACACUCGGCGUUGGGUAUUACCCAAUCUAUCAAGCAUAUGUGCAUGGGGAAGGAUCGCUGGGUGUGGCAAUGCUGUCGUUUUUCUCUUUUCUCACUGGCUUUGGAAGCUGUUCGUCCUUUUCUGCAUCUAUUAAGACAGCGGCUUCCAACUUCCCUGAUCAUCGAGGCACAGCAACUGCGUUUCCCCUGGCUGCAUUUGGCCUGAGCGCCUUCUUCUGGUCCACCGUGUCUGCGAUUAUCUUCAAGGACGACACGGGCAAAUUCCUUCUUCUCUUGGCCCUAGGAACCUUCUUAUUAAACCUUGUCGCUAUACCAUUCCUCCGUAUCCUGCCACCCCGUGGCCCAUACCAGCCUUUGUCGCACCUGGGGGACACCAUCGUCGAAUCCCGGCCGUUGCGUACUACCAGGUCCACUGAACUACGAUCUUCUUAUCAGGAAGAGUAUGAUGAAGCAGGUACGCAAAGUUCUAGUGUCUUUGAAUCACAGCCCCACGCGCACACUCGGUCACCCUCACACGCCUCGGAUUCCCGCCAUCAUCAUGUCAAUAGCCUCGACUCCGACGAGACAUCUUCCUUGGUGUCUAAACCGAUCUCGAGGCUGUCUCGAGAUGCCCUGGAUGGAUUUCGCGCAGAUGAAGACCUGCCCCAUGUGACUCUCGACUCACCUCACCCAGAUGUUAGAGGCUUGGCGAUGCUGCCGAAAGUAGAGUUCUGGCAACUCUUCCUCACAAUGGCGCUUCUUUCUGGAAUUGGAUUAAUGACUAUCAAUAAUAUUGGCAACAGUGCCAAAGCUCUCUGGCAACAUUACGAUGACAGUGCGAGCUCCCAGUUCAUUCAUCAGCGACAGGUCAUGCAUGUUUCCAUCUUGUCCUUUGGCAACUUCAUUGGCCGCCUCUUGAGUGGCAUUGGGUCCGACAUGCUAGUCAAGAAGUUGAACAUGUCCCGAUUUUGGUGCUUGUUCAUUUCUGCAACGGUCUUUACGGGAACACAACUUGCGGGAGCUGCGAUCUCGAACCCUAAUCAGUUGGUUGUAGUUUCGGGGUGCACUGGCGUUGCAUACGGAUUCCUUUUCGGUGUCUUCCCAUCGCUGGUAGCUCAUACAUUCGGUAUCGGAGGUCUCUCUCAGAACUGGGGUGUGAUGACCCUUGCACCAGUUCUGAGUGGUAACCUUUUCAACCUAAUCUACGGCACCAUUUAUGAUAAGCACUCGAUCGUUGCCCCCGACGGCGAGCGCGACUGCCCAGACGGCUUGGCCUGUUAUCAAGGGGCCUACUACACGACUUUCUUCUCUGGCGUUGCCGGAAUCGUCGUGUGCCUGUGGAGUAUCUGGCGCGAGCACCAGAUUCACCAAGCUUUUCACAGAAAAGUCGAACAUGACCGUCUCGCUUGA